AUGCCGCCCAAGAAGGGCUUGUCCGCGGCUGACAAGCGGGACAGGAUGCUGGAAAUCUUCCACGAAUCAGCAGACGUAUUUGUUAUAAAAGAUGUUGAAAAGUAUGGAUUGAAGAAAGGCAUCAUCGCCCAGGCUGUCAAAGACGUGCUUCAGACCCUCAUCGAUGACGACCUCGUUCACUGCGAAAAGAUUGGCAUCAGCAACUACUAUUGGGCGUUUCCAUCUGAGGCGAGCGUGAAGGUGCGCACCGAAGUGAAGAAGUACGAGACGGAGCUUGCCAGCACAAAGCGGCGUCGAGUUGAAGUGGAGGAUGCCAUUGCGCAGCACAAAGCUGCAAACCCAAACACGGAGAAGCGCACAGAGGCGCUCACUGCGUUGAACAACCUCAAGGCGCGCUUGGCAACGGUGCAGAGCGAACUUGCGGCGUACCGGGAAAGCGACCCGGAGACGCUAGAAGCCAUGCGGAACGCUGCGGAGGGUGCCAAGUAUGCCGCAAACCGCUGGCUCGAUAAUACCUAUUCGCUUCUUUCCUGGUGCAAGAAGAAGUUC